AUGAAGCAAAUUUUAAUCCUGGUGUUAUCUAUUAUCGUUUCUUCAGCUAACGUAUGUAAGGAUGAAGCCCAAGCCCAAGGAUCACCUCGCUCAGGAAGUUUUGAGAUAUCAGGAACUGCUCAAUCUUAUUUUCUAGAUAUUUUAGAAGACCAAGCUAGAGGAUACCUCUAUUUUGUGGGAUUGUACCAGUUCGGAACAAAUCCGUGGGACACUAUAAUUUAUCAAGCCGAUUAUGACCUAAAUAUGAUAAAAGUGGUGAUAUACGAUAUUUUUUGUGACUACUUUUCGUACGAUAUUAGCCUUAACGCAGACUUCAUAUAUAUCCCUGAUAAGGCUACUAAAAAGAUCUUUGAAAUUGAUACCAAUCUUGCCAUUACAAGAGAGUUAUCAAUAAGCUUUGGCUCGGGUGUUGAUAAGCAAAAUUUGCAAUUAAGCAAUAAUUAUUUAUUCUUUAGCUUAAAUAUAAGCUCUGUAAUUGAAACAUGAAGAUGGGAUAUGAUUUCUUCUACAAUUCAAACACUAAACUUUGGUGUUGAUAGUUUUACAAAUUUUGUCCCAAUAAAUGAUGAAAUCGUGUUUUUUGGAUCCGUAGACACUGCAACAGAUCAGUAUUAUUUAAUAAGCUAUAACUUCUCUGAUCCUUCCAACCUUCUCUGGAAGAAAAGCAUUUUGUGUCCUACUACUGGAUGAAAUACUAAAAAUAGCCCAAGUAUUAUUAGUCAAGACAAGCAAUUUAUUUACACGAUGAUUUUGUUUGAAGAAAACUUUUUGUUUUACAAAAUAAAUAUUAAUGAUGGAACUCCUCAAAAUUCAGGCUUUAUUUGGAGUACUUCUGAUUAUGCCCAUAGCUACAUAAUGAGGGAGUUCAAUGAGCUAAUUGCUAUUCAAAUCUCUACUAAUAUAGUUGGAAGAUAUAGAAGACUGAUUCUAGUAAAAGCAGAUAAUACAAAAAUAAUAAAAGAGUACAGAUCUGUGAAUUCUCAAAUUUAUGUGGUUGGAAGAUUAGUCAAAGACGGAGCCGAGCUAAUGUACCAUUCUGGAAUGAUUUCAACAAAUAGGACCUUUUUCUUUGGAAGAUCGACAACAAAUAAUAUUGACCAACUAUCAGAGUUUGAAAUAGAUACUUCUUUCUUCACUCAGAUUACUUCCAAUUAUCAGAUAUCUUCAACAAUUUCCAAUCCUAGUUUGACAUCAGAUUCGAAAUCGAUUACAGUUUCAAACUCAGCUUCAACUUCCAUCACUGCUACAGACAAUACCUCUACUACAACUCCAUCUUUUAACACUUAUGUAGCUCUUUGGAACGAAGAUCAUGUUCAAACUGUUCAGAGCAACUCUUCUGUUCUUCUAGAUUUCACUUGGGCUUGAGCCCAGUCCUCCAACUACACUGGCAUAACUUUCAGUCUAGCUCAGACUGGUUCCAAUGGGAUUCCUGAAUGGGUACAACUAGAUGCAGAUAUUCAAGAGCUGCACUUGAAUAAAACACCCAAGCUUGAAAAACCCAAGACUUACUACUUUUCUCUACAAAUCUCUUUUGAUGCUGAAGUGCAUUUCAAACAGUUUGAAAUCAUUGUUGAACAAUGAAAUAUUACUAAUUGAGAAAUUUGUCAGCUUGGAAACCCUAAUCUUUGUGAAGUGUGUGAAUCUGGGUACCAAAGCUCUAAUGAAAACAAGGCUUGAAUUGUAGUGUCAGCUCCAGCUGGAACCACUGAAGCAGCCACUGCAUUAAUAGUUGCAAGUAUUGUCAUGACCAGUACAGCUUCACUACUGUCUUUGUCAUCGAUUAACUCCAUAUUCAGCACAAUGAACAGUCUUCAGCUGGCAAUCUUGUUGCCUCUGGUUCCUGAAUACUUCUCAGCUAGAGUGUUAGCGUUCCUUGGAGGAAUGGGUUUCACAAUGUUCUCAUUCGAUUUCAUUAAAUUUAGUGACAUUCCUUUAAUCCUAAAACUCACCGAUUGGGUUUCAUACCCACAAUCAGACAAAUAUCUGAACAGCUUGGGGAUGAGAUCAGGCAGUUCAGUUGUCAAUUAUUUAUCUUUAAUGGCUAUUAUCAUUCUCUUGGGAGCUAUUCAUUGAUGUAUCUUUAUUAUCAAAAAGAAAGCAGAUAUUUCUCAAAGUAGGAGGUGAAAACUAAUAUUCAAUAAGCUCUUCAAGUUUUUCACUUUUAACAUUUAUAUUAGAAUAUUUAUUCAGGCUUUUGCUUUCACCAGCUUAUCAAUUUUCUCUGAAAUUUAUGCUCUGAAUUUGGGCUCAAUUGUGACAAAGAUAUCUUUUGGGCUUUGAAUAAUGUUCGGAAUUUGUUCAAGCGUGCUAUUUUUGUUAUCAUUCUACAUGUACUGAAAGUCUUUCCCUCAGAUUGAUUAUGAAAAUCAUUGGAUAUGAAUUGAAUAUUUCAAUGGAAUCAAGCCGAAAUAAAUACUCCAAAUUAUACUCAUGAAUAUUUCUGUCAUUAAGAUUGAUGCUGAUAUUAUUCCUCAUUUUUGGAGAAUCUGCUAAUUCUUUGUGUAAGUCUAUAUACUUUAGUAUUUUGAAUAUUGGAUAUUGAGGAUACCUCAUUAUUACCAUACCUUUUGAAAGUUAUCAGGACAAUAUUAUUGAAAUCAUUAAUCAAAUUUUAUUCUGUUGAUUAUCAAUUCCUUUAGCAUGGGUAAAUACAGAGUCAGACUGGACUUCAUUUUAUGAAAGUUAUUACAUUUCUGUACUAAUGAUCUCUCCUUUAAUCGGAGGUUUCGUCUCAUUUUUAUUCCUAAUAAACUCAUUCACAAAAUUUCUCAAAAAGCGAACCCCACCCCAACACCCUCAAUCCAUCACUCCCAAAACCCCCUCAGCUCCCCUCCCCACCCCAUCUGCCAACCCACCUCAAAGCUCCAUCAUAAACUCCUGCUCAAACUCCAUUCAAAGCCACUCAAAUCUAAACCGGCCAAAACACAGCAAACCCCAAAAACUCCAAAAAUCCCACAAAGUCUUCCCUAAACCUCACCUGUAAUCUUUUCCAGUCAAUAU